AUGAAAGGAAGGACUUUGCGACAGCUUCAUUUCGACCUGGAGAUCCAAAACAACUACUUCGCAUUCCUUUCAAGGGAGUUCCGUUUCAUAGACAAGUUUGUGAUUGCUGCUAUCAUCUCGCUGAUAGUCAGUAUUGCCGAUGGACCUCUCAUCCAGAAAGCGACGGACACGAGAAUAGCGACCUUCUCAUAUGACGGACCUCUCGUCAAUGUAUCAGUGUCUAAUGCGACGUUCCCCGACGACUUCAGUGGCUUUGCUGGCAUUGACAUCGGGCCAGACCUCAUGACACCUCUGUUCAGCAAUCUUGCCGCGGGCACAGAUAAUAACAACCUCACAAUAUUCGACGUAACGCUGGACUUCGGUGGUCAGGAGGGCGCGGAUAGCCUCAGCAAGUUCAGCACAAUCAAUAUUACCGCCUUGUACAAGCGGGAAGCUGCAUGCAUUGGAAAUAUGAUCCAGAGGAAGUGCGUGCUUCGGCUAGCGACAGUGCGAUAUAACACAACGGUGCUGAAUGGUACGGCAACGAUUGACACUUGGAAGGAAGGACAGAACGACACGAUCGAGUUCCCAGUAUUGCCUCAACCAUACGCCUUACCGGGCUAUGGGAGCUUAUUCACCGGGAGUGUGGCGGCCGGGGGAUUCCAAACGAUGCUGGGUGGCUUCUAUCUCAUUGGCAAGUCGCUUUACGCAGGCAGCGUCAACUUGGGCAUUGCCACCAUGACAACGGUCCCGUAUAUCCUGACGGCAUCUGGCACCGCCAGUAGCAGCUAUUUGACGUCUAACAUAUCGACGUACGGCAACUGUCUCAUGACGUGGGACGAUCCGACCGGCGACUUCGUCAACACCAUGCGAGAGCUCAUGUUCCGAAGUGCCAUUGCACAGUCUGUUGCAAACGAGUCGGCCGUGGUGCCGCAGCAGCUGCUUUCUCACCAGACAAGACAGGCCAAUACUUACCAGAGCCACUAUGACUAUCUCGGUAUCACAAUCGCGGUCAUGGUCGUGCAGACUCUUGCGAUCUUCUUGUUGCUGUUCGGCUGGCAUAAGCUUGGCCGAGAAGUGUCGCUCGACCACUUCGAGGUCGCGCGGACUCUUGGUGCGCCACUGCUGCAGCAAGGCAGCUCGAACAACACCAUCGGCGACUGCCUAAAUGACCUCAAAGACGUGCGGUUGAGGUAUGGCGAGAUAGCAGUGGAAGGGACUGGUCCUGAUGUCGCACAUCAAGCACCUGAACAGAUGGGACAUGGCUACGAAGAGAAGACGACAAGAUCGACUACGUACCCGACAGCUCAGGCGGAUGUUGAGAUGGCGGAUCCUCUUCAGCCUAAUAGUUCUAGGCGAUUCGCUCAUAAGAGACUGGGGUUGCGUGAAGAAGGCCAGGUCGGCAGCAUUAGAGCAGGCACGUUCUAUUUAUAA